UAUGCAAAACAAACACCGAACGAGGCGAUCUCGACAAUAACAAGUCCGCACACAAAGACUCGCGAGAGAGAAUACCGUUCGUUGUAUAUGAAAGGAAAGCGAUCUUUUCGCUCAAAUUGCAAUUCUUAACUGGCGAAAUAUACUUCGGACGAAGUAUAAGAAGAAAGCAGAAAAAUAAUACAAACGAAUUCUUUAGAGACAAGAAUAUAGACACGAAUUUUGACAGAGUUAUAUUUGGAUAGCUUCGCUUGAAGAUACAGGUAGAACUGGAUUAAAAAAACUGUGUUAUUGUUAAUACUUCUCACGAGGUCGACAUGGAAAAAGAGGAGUCAGAAACCAGCGGAGAGGCGACAAAAGACACAAUUAACUCGCAAAGGAAAUGUCUUAAGCAUUACAGUGAGGUUUAUGGCUACGUUCCCGGCUCAACUUUGCAGUAUGAUACCGACAGAUCUCAAGUGUCAAAGCUUAAGCUGCCGGCUUUAAAUAUCGGCGUCUUCGGCGGAAUCGCUGCGGGAAAGUCCUGCCUUAUAAAUACGGUGGAAAGCGUUCUCUCUGGGGAAUAUAGCGACCGAGCCGGGGAAAAUAGGCUGGGCAGGGAAGGGGAUAAAUGCAUUGUGGAAGCUACUACGGCAGAACGGGUAAAGGUUCGAGUGGGACAGAAGGUGUGUUUGGUGGACAAUCGGGGCUUUCCGAGGAAAUACGACGAAAGCAUUGCCGAAGAGGUCGUCAAACAAUGUAACGGUACCAGAAAAUUUGGGACUUUUGUGCCAGAAGAUUGGAACAAUGGCGCUUGGCAAAAAUUCAAAGACUCUAUUUCUGGUUCGCUUCGACGCAGAUCUCUUAAGCAACGCGUUCAUUGUGCCAUAUUAGUGUACAGCUUACAUGAUGAUACUGAACCGGAAGAAUUCAAACUUAUAGUCGAUGCUUUGAGAAAAUCCUGCGGUCGUUUUCCAAUCGUUGUUCUAACAUUCGCCGACGAGGUGAAUGAAGAUGUGUUGCGUCGUCGCUGGACUCAGUUCCAGGCCCUUCACUGCUCGCGAAUUUUUGCCAUCAAGAAUUACAACAUCCGCGACAGCACCCCCCGGGUGGAGACCGACACGACGGUCGUCGACAUACUUUACAACUGUUGCAUAAUCUCGGAUCAGGCGUUUUUACAGAGCAUGGAGGAAUCGUCGUGCACGUGUUGUUAGACGACCGGACGGGGGGGGGGAGGUCCGUUGAGAAGUAUAUCGACAGCCCCCUCCCUAAUGGAGAACCGACUUGUUUCAUUUUGAAAAAACUGACGCCACUUUUAUGAAAAUCAAUAAUGUAGAUAAGUCAAUCUAGUGAUGUUUUGACGGUUUUUUUAAAUAAUAGAGAGAACAUUUAAACACAUAUUUAGAGCGGGAACUAACUUAUCACCAUCCUAGACGCUUUUAAAAAUUGAUAUUUUUGAAUAAUGAUUGUGGCCGCAGGCUGGAAAUAGCACGUCAUAUUGUGUGACAUAAUUCAUGUUCAUGUAACGGAGAUGUUGAAAAUGUUGUUCAUAUAAUCAU